UUCGAUUUAAAACGAAAAAACAAAGUUCAAACAGAACACACGAAAAAAUAAAUUUGCGUACCUACAUUCCCGUCAUUUUGUGAAAAAUUUUUGUAGGCCCGUUUGCAUCUGCAUAUAUUUUUUAUUGGAAUUACGAGGGAUCUGCUCGAAUCGAUCAGUUCAGAUUUAGGAGAUGGCAGAUCAAGAAGCUAAGGGAUAUGAAUUUGAAAAGAAGGCUGAUAAAAAGAUCCAAGGAUGGACUAUUUUUGGUUCUAAAUAUGAUGAUGCUGCAGAACUGUAUGACAAGGCUGGCAACUCAUAUAAGAUUGCAAAAUCCUGGGAUAAAGCGGCAUCUGCUUAUAUCAAGCUUGCUAGCUGCCAUUUAAAGCUUGAAAGUAAGCACGAGGCAGCAUCGGCAUAUGUGGACGCAGCGAAUUGCUAUAAAAAGACUAACAGCCAAGAAGCUGUUAGGUGUUUAGGUUUGGCUAUUAAUCUCUUCAUGGAGAUAGGAAGAUUGUCGAUGGCUGCAAAACACUGCAAGGAGAUUGGUGAAAUAUAUGAAUCUGAAGAAAAUUUGGAAUUGGCUUUGGAAUAUUUCGAGCGAGCUGCGGAGCUCUUUCGAGGUGAAGAAGUUACUAGUACAGCUAACCAGUGCCAACUUAAAGUUGCACAGUUUGCAGCCCAGCUUGAGCAGUACCCAAAGGCCAUACAAAUUUUUGAAGAUGUUGCGAGACAGUCAAUGAAUAACAAUCUUCUGAAGUAUAGUGUUAAGGGUUAUCUUUUAUGUGCUGGCCUCUGUCUCAUUUGCAAAGGUGACACUGUGGCGAUAAACAAUGCACUAGAGAAAUAUCAGGAACUUGAUCCUACAUUUUCAGGUACCCGAGAGUGCAGAUUCCUUUCUGAUUUAGCUGGUUCAAUUGAUGAGGAGGAUGUAGUAAAAUUUACUGACGUUGUCAAGGAGUUUGACAGUAUGACUCGACUGGACCAAUGGAAAACGACUCUUUUGCUUCGGGCAAAGAAUGCCUUGAAAGCCAAGGAAGUUGAAGAGGAUGACCUUACUUAAAUCAGCAGUCCCUAGUAUUUGUGUGAGGUGUUGUGGAAAUAGACUUCUUUCCUUUAUUGUAAAUGAACGGUCACUUGGAUUGUAUAUUAUAUGUGGUUUGGUUUUUGGUAAUGCAAAGAUUAAUACCUUUUAAUCCUAUUUACCCCGUCGAGGAAGGCGAUUCAGGGCAGCACAUUUAUUGAAGAUGUUUACUUUUUGAACUUGUGUGGAUAAUGUUUUUGGCGAUAAAUGCAACGAUUCUGCAUGCUGUGUGCAUAAUAUUGUAAACCCAGAUUAAUGUGAGAAAUAAUGGAUUCUGUAUUGUUCAAAAGGCUUUUGCCACUAAUCAUAGUUGCAAGAGUAUUCUCAA